UAAAAGGUGAGAAAUGUAUAUGACACUACCGUAAGCAGGGAAACAUGGUUUAAUACGUUUAAAUAUUAGACAUGUGCAAUUAAACCAGAUGGAAAUGUUACCGGCCAGAAAUAGAGGUGGCUGCAGCUCAGUUAAUUUCGACUUAAACAGUGCAUGCAAAAAUAUGCCUAAAUAAAAUGUCUACUUUCUGUUAUUUAGCAAGGAAGCCGUGGAUUAUUAUUAUUUUUCACGAAGUUUAUUUCUGUUUGCAUUUGCCAGGGGAUUGCUGUGACGUUCAGGUCAUUUUCUAAGAAUUCAGGUUGUAGCAUCAAUCCGAGGUUUUUUGUUUUUGUGUGGUUUUUUUUUUUUCCAGAGCGAGGGGGAAAAAAAAAACCAAACAGUAUUUUUUUUUUUAUUUCGCAGCGUUAACUCAAAGUUCAUUUGCCGCAGCUGAAAUUUAGAUGUAAUUUAUUUUUUUACUAUUUCAGAAAAAAAAAGAACCAAUCCAAACAAAACAAACAAAACAGCAGUCAGCACAAUGUCUCCUGGCUCCCCUGGCAUGUCCAGGAGAAAGGUUAUUUCUAGAGGGGUAAAACAGCGCGAACGUGUCUUUGAUUUUCUUUAUCAGAUCAAGCGCUGCCUGCAAAAUCCCCGUGCCCCGCCGUGGGUCCGUCGGAACAGCGUUCCCGGCGCUUUCCGGCGUGGGUAGCUUGCGCGCCUCGGCUGCGCGGAGCGGGUUUUGCAGCGGCUAAACCGAUUUCAGCGCCGGAGACGGAGCUUUUUUCCCCUCUUUCUCUCCUUGUUAUGACUGUUACGGUGCGGCGCUGGGGCGGGGGGGAGCGGCGGCUGGCGGGCCGGUGCCCCGCGGUGUGUGCCGGCGGGGGGGAGCGGGGCCCCGGGGACGGCGCCCCCGAGACCCCCCGCCGCCGCCGCCGCCCGGCUCCGCUCCCGCCUCCUCAUAGCGAAUGAGCGGCUCGGAGUGCUUUAAGUGUUGGCUCCGGCUCUGUUUGUGCUGCCGGGCUGAUAAAGCAUUGCAUUUGCAUUGCAUUGCGGUAUCCGCCGGACUGGAGCUGCAGUGAGCGCCGGAUUAUUUAUUGCGGGGCCGCGGGUGCUCAGUGCUGCCACGGCGUGGUGGAACGGCGGAGGCGGGCACGGAGCAGACCCCGCAGCCCCUGGGAAGGGCAGCGCUGGGAGCCUGCCCUGCUCGGGGGAAACCCAAAUAAGACAUUUAAAGAAAUAUAUAAAAGAAAUAAAAGAAAAAUAAAUCCGGCCUACUUCUCCUACAGGAAUAUCGCAGCUCGCCCCCGGGCAAGAUAUUCCGGCAGGGCCGGCUCUGCCCCCUCCCCUUCCCCUCUGCUUGUACCUCGGUGUGUGUCAACUGUAAAAUAUCACAGUGGGAGCUGGCUGGGGAGGACCCGCCCGCGUCCCCCCGGCCAGGCUCCCCACACCCCGCCAGUCUAAACAACGGUUCACCUUGCCCAAACUGUUUGGAUUAGGAGCUAUUAGUUAAAGAUUGGUUUUGGUGACGCUGCCGAGCAUGAGAAGGAUUUGUAAGUGGUUUUAUAUACGAGGAGAAGGAGGCUUUUAAGCUUAAGAGGGUAACUGCCCCCGCACCUGUAUCCGAGGGUGGCUGGGGUUGCCGGCCGGGUUUUCGGCGGGAGUGCUGGGGGUACGGGGAAAUCCGAAAACAAAUAAAAGGCGGGUGAAAUACACGGGUAUUGCAAAGUGUGACUUUGUUGCGGUGGCAAAAUGCAGCGGCUGGCUUUCCCCUUUCCGGGGAGGUGGGGGGAACGGUGAAGGAAAACUGGCUGAGAAAUGUGUCCGGGCAGGGCAUUUUCCUUGCAGAGUCGGGGGGUAACAGAUUAUUGUAAUUCGGGGGUUUUCUGGGGGUAGGGGGAGGAGCGGAGAGGACGCCUGAAUGUGACUAAAGCGGAGAUUGCAGUGCAGAUUGUUUAGCUGUCACUGUAACUAACACGACCCAGCCAGGCAAACGUGCACAUUUAAUUCCUUUUAAUAUUAUGGGAUUAACGAAGAAAUGUUUUCGCUGCCUGCGGUCGGGCUUUUGACAGUUUGGUUUGGACGCAAACAAUAACUUGAAAAAGAGGAAAGAAAAAGGAAAAGAGAGGACGAAAAGAAAUGAGUCUGUAACCGAUGCUAUAAAAUGUAAAUAUAACUAAGCCUGGCGCGAUUUUUUUUUAUUUUGGUCUGUGUGUGAUGGAUUCAAACAAAAGACCGUCUGGCCACAACUUUUUAAAGUAAGGCCGAUGGGUUUCGCUUGCCCCGAGUAUUCAUUGUUCACGGUGCGUUUUCGUUCUGACCUAUGUUGGUAAAAAUCUGCUCUUUUAAAAACUUCUUUGUAUUUAGCGUGCUGUGUGCUUGUUUGCUGGUGUUCCCUCCUUUUUAAACUCUAUUCACACUGAGUAAAAAAAACCCUUUUUCUGGAGAAGGUUGGCUUUCAGGAAAUACACGUUUCUGAAAUGACCUCCCAAAGCAUGCAGCUAGUGAGCUGUAAUUCUACCAGGUGUGUUUAUGGAUUAGCCGGUCUGAAGAGGUUAAGGAAGUUGGAAAAAAAAAAAAUAAUUGGAGGCAAUCAACAUCUGAAUGUGAAAGUCCAGCUGAGACUGUGAACAAUACAAACUAUUGUGGAGCGAUGUUUUAACUCACUACUGUUUUAUAGGUAUCGUAAUCUGCCCCCGGAAAUGAGACAAAUAGUCUCACAACAACAACAAAACUCUCCUUUGAAAGCUACUUUAGGAAACGAGGCUCGUACGAAUGUCACUUUCCGUCAGAGCGCGUUUAAAAUUAGGCUAUUCAAUCUGUUGUAAUGGGCAGGGAUUAUGAGUAAACACAGCUUGGAAUGAACAACCUCAUGUUAUCUCCAGGAACUGCAGGGUUACAGCUGAAUUAAAAGCGCCUCAGCAAAUUUCAUCAACACUGUUACUGUUCCUGCCCUGGGCCAAGAAUUAUAUUUCCGCUAUGGGGUAACUGCCAUGUUGAAAAAUGAAGGUGGAAAUGUUUGUUUCAUGUAUUUUUUUUCCUCUUAAAGACACACAUCCGUGUUUAAUGAAAUUAUUCGGAGCAACAACGAAACCGAUUGGCUUCCGCUGACUCAUUAGCGGGGCUGUAUUAAUUAGGAAUAGUCCUACUGGCUCGUUUUUGAAUUUGAAUGUUUGAUUCCGUCGGCUCGACUCUGGCGGGUGGGACUCGGGGAGAAGAGACACGUGGAACUUUAUCUGGGCUGCUCGGGGGGCGCCGGGAACCCGCCCAGCCUUUCCCGGGGCCUUCUCGAGCACUUGGUGCAAACCAAAAAUCCCCCUCGCCAGAAGGCCACCGCUUCCUGCCCGAGCCACAACCCCCGCGUUAAUUAUGGGAGCGUACAUUAAGAUACGAGACCUCUUCCACGCAGGACGCGUUAGCCUCUCUCAGUCCAACACCGUCAUUGCUUGCAAUCGGGCUUCCUAUGAGUACGGAGCCUCUUGUUUUUAUUCGGACAAGGAAAUUAGUAGCGCGUCUCCCUCCGGCAGUGGCAAACAGAGGGGGCCCGGGGACUACCUGCACUUUUCUCCCGAUCAACAGUACAAAUCCAGCGGCGUCCAAGCCAAAAUUGUAAAUGACGAAGGCACCGACCGGAAGUACACGAGCCCUGUUUACCCCUGGAUGCAGCGGAUGAACUCCUGCGCUGAUAAAGUCCAGGCUGCUGGAGAAACACGGUUCCUGCAGGGUACAGUAUAUGGAACUCAUGGGAGACGAGGGAGGCAAACUUACACCAGAUACCAAACGCUAGAGUUAGAGAAGGAAUUUCAUUUUAACAGAUACUUAACCCGAAGACGACGUAUUGAGAUUGCAAACGCUCUCUGCCUUACUGAACGCCAGAUUAAAAUAUGGUUUCAAAACAGGCGGAUGAAAUGGAAAAAGGAAAACAAAUUCAUAAAUUCCACACAGCCCAGCAGCGAAGAAACAGAGGAAAAGUCAGGGGAGUAGAACCACGUUUAAUAAACUCUACCAGGCCUUUCCUUAGCGCUCACUAUUACUAUUAUUAUUUACCUUGUGUUCCUUCUGCUACUAAAAUCCUAUAGGUUUGUCACAGUCUAUUAAUUCCCAAAAGGCUUGGUUAAAAGAUAUACAUUUGCAAUCAGCUGUGACUUUCUUUAAUAUAUGUGGAAGUCCUAGCUUUCGAGCUACAGGCAUGUAUGUAUACAACCACCUUUCCAAAGCAUAGAUGAUGUUGCUUAAAAUAUUAGAAAAAUGGCCCAGAUAUUUAAAUAUUUGAGGUGACCAUCUGUGUGUGGGUGAGUGUCCCUGGCGUGCCUGUGUGAGAAGAGAUAAGCGAGUGAUUUUUUUUUUUUUUUAAUUAGGAAUGUUCAUAUUGUAGAAAAUCUAUGUCGGGCCGUCUCGUUAUGCUGUGUUCGGGAGCUUAUGGUCUGCAGGGGAGAAAAAAAAGUUUUAUGCAUUUAUAAGAUAUUUAAAUAGCAAAAAGAACAUAAAACCUUUUUAAAAAUCGUUGUAUAAAAUCCUGGGUAUAAACUUGCAGUUAAAGCGAAGAUUAAUUGCAGGGAGAUUUUUAAAUGCCGCUAAACUGCCUAAUCUGCACUACUAGUAUUAAAGUAAAAACUGGGCGUUAAACUUCAGGGGAAGCGAGGGAAGAGGUUUCGAAGCGGGCUGAUUUCUGUGGUUCCCGUUGAGCUUACACUGAGGUUUCGGUGAGCUCAGCUCUACACUGAAGGGGCUUUGAAUUAUGGACUACAUUUCUUGCGGCUUCGUGGGCUUGGGUCGGUGUUUCUUUCUUUUCUUUUCUUUGAUUUUUUUUUGUUUUAAUUAAAAGAAAAGUGUCUGUCAUAUUAACUCGGGGAUGUUCCCAGCUUUUGUGGUAUCUUAAUUCACAUUCGCAUUUCUUAGCACUGGAAAAAAAAAAAAUAAAUAGAUACUCUAAAGAAAAGUAGCUGCCAUAAAAUGCUUCUACUUUGAGUUCUGUAUAAGUAAAAUAAGCGCAGCGAAAAUAUUGAUUAAUAUAUACGUUAUAUCUCUCUAUAUUUUAUUGUGUAUGCGUGAGUGUGCGUGUGAAGCUGUGUACAAAUACACUUGUAUGCGCAUCAAGGCUCUUUUGUUUGGAAGGCAGCGCAAUUUAGGCUACCGCUCUAAAUCUUUUUAAAGCCAAAUCUUGAAAAUACUAAUGCAAAAUGGCUACCGCCGCAUUUAGAGGUGGUUUUUUGGUUGUUUUUUUCUCCUUUUUUUCCGAGAGGCGAAAAAAUAACGGCGGCCGUAAAGCCGCCUGGAAUUUGACCCCUUAGUUGGAAAAAGGCUGCAAGAUAUUUAUCUUUCAUAGGUACCUGCCAUU